CCCCUCCCUGUGCUGUCUUUACUUCACAUUCACAACUCCAGCAGGCAAGAUGGAAAAUCAAGUAUUUUUGUCCUUCGUCUUCUACAGCACCCUCCUUAUCCUGAAAAUGUAUACCUUGGCUAUAAUAACAGGGCAGAUUCGGCUCCGCAAAAAAGCUUUUGCCAACCCUGAGGAUGCCAUGAGACAUGGAGGCCUUGAAUUCUACCGUGAAGAUCCUGAUGUUGAGCGCUAUAGAAGGGCUCAUCGCAAUGACAUGGAAAACAUCUAUCCAUUCCUGUUCCUUGGUGCCGUCUACUCCUUGUUGGAUCCCAACCUGAGCAUCGCCAGAAUUCACUUCCUCAUUUUCUUCGUGGGUCGUCUAGUACACACAGUAGCUUAUGUGUUUUCCUUAAAAGCCCCGACACGUUCACUGGCCUACAGCAUUGCGCAGCUUCCCUGCUUCUCUAUGGCUCUGCAGAUUCUCUACUCGGUUUCUUCCUUUUGGUAAAGAAGGAUCCAGUAAUCGAAUACACUAGGACCAUGUGAACGGUGCCAUAUCCUUGCAA